AUGCAGUUCAAACUCGUUUUUGUUUCCGCCGCUCUCGCUACUCUUGCGGUCGCCACGCCUGCUCCCCGCAAUGAGCCAGCCAGUAGCUGUACCACCGGCGCUAUCCAGUGUUGCAAUACUGUAGAGUCAGCCAGUAGCGCCAGCGCGGCUACGAUCAUCAAUAGUCUUGGAAUUGUUCUCCAAGAUGUGAAUGCUCUCGUCGGACUUACUUGCAGCCCUAUCACUGUUAUCGGCGCUUCAGGCGGCAGCUGUUCUGCUCAAGCUGUCUGCUGCGAUGACAACAGCCACGGUGGACUCAUCUCUAUAGGAUGCGUCCCAGUCAGCUUGUGA